AUGUCUUACAGUGAAAUAUUAUCAUUUGUACAAUUUAUCCAUUACUUUACUAUAAUCAUCUUUCUAACAUUUAAUAUAACAAAUGUGUUAUCUAUCUAUGAAGUUGGUGUUGAUUAUCAUGCCUUUGGAACUAAUUUUACUGAGACAGCCUUUUUAACUCAAUAUCAUAUUUCAAAUGUACGAUCAAUAGUUCUUGUACAAUUACAAGGAAUUGCUGAUGGAGGUGCAAAUUUUGUUACUUUAGACAUCUGGUUUGGUAGUGAACCUGGUAAAAUUACGGAUGAACAUUGGUUAGCUACAUUUCCUAUGAGUGCACAAGAAACGACAAAUUUAAAUCAAUAUGCUGCAGAUGUAGCUUCUAUUCAGAGUAAAAUCGAUGACCAUCCAUUACAUCUUAAUAUUGCUCUUUUUUGGCUUGGCAUAGCUGAUUAUAAAAUUGGAAAUCUAACAGAAGGUUUUGGAUCUGAUUAUUUAAAUGCUAGUGAAUUUACAGCACGUAUCGAAAAAACAACAGAUUGUAUUAUUACUGCAAUUUCAAAUAUUAGAUGCUCUGAUGGUACUCUUUUAGUUCAAACUGUUUAUCUCGAAGCAGAAGUAAUGAUCGGAGCAAAACCUAAUCAAGAUUGGUUUAUUUCUACACACUAUCCGCGUUUUCUUAAUCAAAUCACAGUAGCUGGUUUUACACCCGCUAUAUAUUUUUUAGUUGAUGCACGUGAAGAAUAA